AUGUCGCGUAUUGCAGCAUCAAAUUAUGCCAAACACAUGCGCCUUAUUUGCUAUAAUACCAGCUUCAGUCAUACGAUCAGUGAUAUUUCAUCAAAUAUCGAGCCAUAUCGGUUCCACAAGCACAUAUGCAUCACAGGAUCCAAUCUUGAUACUCGCAGUUCUCGAUUGGCAAUCAUACCACUUCAAUUAGCGCGUGAGUAA